GCUACGCGAGAGCACCGUAAGGAAGAUGGGAGUCAACAAACAGAUUGCUUCAGAUAAUGACAUCCGAAAUACCAUCGUGCUCAAUGCCUCAAAAAGGGAGAUUUUUACAGUUAACAGCGGUUAUAAGUCUCUCCAGAAAAGACUGCGAGGCAACUGGAAAAUACAAAGUCUAAAGGAUGAAAUCACAGCAGAGAAACUGGUUGGAGUGAAGCUGUGGAUAACUGCUGGACCAAGAGAAAAAUUCACUGCUGCUGAGUUCGAGGUGCUGAAACAGUUCUUGGAGGGAGGUGGGGACAUCCUCGUUAUGCUGGGCGAGGGAGGAGAGUCCAAACAUGACACCAACAUUAACUUUUUACUGGAGGAGUACGGCAUUAUGGUGAACAAUGAUUCUGUUGUACGAAAUGUUUACUACAAAUACUUCCACCCUAAAGAGGCACUCGUUUCCAAUGGUGUACUGAAUCGGGAGAUCAGCAGAGCAGCUGGAAAGGAUAUGUCCAUGAUUAUAGAUGAUGACAGCACCGGAAGCAACUCCAAGGCCUUAACAUUUGUUUACCCAUUUGGUGCCACACUAAACAUCAUGAAGCCAGCCAUUGCUGUUCUGUCCACAGGAUCUGUUUGCUUUCCACUGAACAGGCCCAUAAUGGCUUUCUACCAAAGCAAGAUGCAUGGUGGUAAACUUGCUGUCUCGGGCUCGUGUCACAUGUUCAGUGAUAACUAUCUGGACAAGGAAGAAAAUGCAAAGAUACUGGAUGUGCUAAUGCAGUGGCUCACUACUACUGAUAUCAACCUGAACCAGAUUGAUGCAGAGGACCCUGAAAUUUCGGAUUACACCAUGCUACCGAACACCCAAAAACUCUCCCAGCAACUGCGAGUUUGCCUGCAGGAAGGAGAUGAAGUCCCUCGGGACUUUACCACCCUAUUUGACAUGAGCAUCUACCAGCUGGACACUUCCUCUCUCGCCAAAGUUAUUAAAUCAUAUGAACAACUGAACGUGAAGCAUGAGACACUACAACUCAUCCAGCCGCAAUUCGAGACUCCUCUUCCGGCACUUCAACCAGCUGUAUUCCCUCCUUCAUUCCGCGAGCUUCCAGCUCCGGCACUGGACCUGUUUGACCUGGAUGAGAACUUCUCCUCAGAGAAAGCCCGUCUGGCUCAGAUCACAAACCGAUGCACAGAGGAUGACCUGGAAUUUUACGUGCGCAAGUGUGGUGAUAUCCUAGGGGUGACCAGCAACCUACCCAAAGAGGAUCAGGAUGCCAAACACAUUCUGGAGUACAUAUUCUUCCAAGUUGUGGAAUUCAAGAAACUCAAUCAGGAACACGACAUGGACACAAGCGAGGCUGGCUUUCAGAGCAUCUGAGAUUCACUUGUUUACCUCCUCAAUGAUAGUGUCGAGCCAAUGGCCAAAAAAA